AUGGACCUGCUUGCGGAAGAGUUUGGGAACCUGACCCCGGAGCAGCUGGCUGCGCCGAUCCCAACUGUAGAGGAAAAAUGGCGGCUGCUUCCAGCAUUUUUAAAGGUGAAAGGCCUUGUGAAACAGCAUAUAGAUUCAUUUAACUAUUUCAUUAAUGUAGAGAUAAAGAAAAUAAUGAAAGCCAAUGAAAAGGUUACAAGUGAUGCUGACCCCAUGUGGUACUUAAAAUAUCUUAAUAUCUAUGUCGGGCUCCCUGAUGUUGAAGAAAGCUUCAACGUAACUAGACCAGUGUCCCCUCAUGAGUGCCGAUUGCGCGACAUGACGUACUCCGCUCCCAUCACGGUGGAUAUCGAGUACACCCGAGGCAGCCAGAGGAUCAUCCGUAAUGCCUUACCCAUUGGCAGAAUGCCCAUAAUGCUGCGUAGUUCAAACUGUGUUCUUACAGGAAAAACACCAGCAGAAUUUGCUAAACUGAAUGAAUGUCCUUUAGAUCCAGGGGGCUACUUCAUCGUUAAGGGAGUGGAAAAAGUUAUCCUCAUCCAAGAGCAGCUGUCUAAGAACAGGAUCAUUGUGGAGGCCGACAGAAAAGGGGCUGUGGGCGCUUCAGUCACCAGCUCUACUCAUGAGAAAAAAAGCAGAACCAAUAUGGCUGUGAAACAAGGACGGUUUUAUUUGAGACAUAAUACUUUGUCAGAAGAUAUACCUAUUGUCAUCAUAUUUAAGGCCAUGGGUGUUGAGAGUGACCAGGAAAUUGUGCAGAUGAUCGGAACAGAGGAGCACGUGAUGGCUGCGUUUGGGCCCAGUCUGGAAGAGUGCCAGAAAGCUCAGAUUUUCACACAGAUGCAGGCAUUAAAAUAUAUAGGGAACAAAGUCAGAAGGCAAAGGAUGUGGGGAGGUGGCCCAAAGAAAACCAAAAUAGAAGAAGCAAGAGAGCUCCUGGCUUCUACCAUCCUGACCCACGUGCCAGUUAAAGAAUUCAAUUUCCGAGCCAAAUGUAUCUAUACUGCAGUGAUGGUGAGAAGAGUAAUUCUGGCCCAAGGAGAUAAUAAAGUUGAUGACAGAGAUUAUUAUGGUAACAAGAGGUUGGAGUUGGCAGGACAGCUUUUAUCUCUUCUUUUUGAAGAUUUGUUCAAAAAAUUUAAUUCUGAAAUGAAGAAGAUUGCAGAUCAGGUGAUUCCUAAGCAAAGAGCAGCCCAGUUUGAUGUUGUGAAACACAUGCGCCAGGACCAGAUUACCAAUGGCAUGGUGAAUGCCAUUUCAACCGGCAAUUGGUCUCUAAAGAGAUUUAAAAUGGAUCGCCAGGGGGUGACUCAGGUGCUGUCUCGCUUGUCAUAUAUAUCCGCCUUGGGCAUGAUGACGAGAAUCUCUUCCCAGUUCGAAAAAACAAGAAAAGUGAGUGGUCCUCGAUCCCUCCAGCCAUCCCAGUGGGGCAUGCUGUGCCCUUCAGACACUCCUGAAGGAGAGGCAUGUGGUUUGGUUAAAAACUUGGCCCUUAUGACACACAUCACGACUGACAUGGAAGAUGGACCCAUUGUCAAAUUAGCCAGUAACUUGGGAGUAGAAGAUGUGAACUUACUGUGUGGGGAAGAGCUCUCUUACCCAAAUGUGUUUCUCGUCUUCCUCAAUGGUAACAUCCUGGGUGUCAUUCGAGAUCACAAGAAGCUGGUGAAUACAUUUCGACUGAUGCGAAGAGCAGGCUAUAUCAAUGAGUUUGUUUCCAUCUCAACAAAUCUGACAGAUCGAUGUGUCUAUAUUUCCUCUGAUGGAGGAAGACUGUGCAGACCCUAUAUAAUUGUAAAGAAACAGAAACCUGCAGUCACAAAUAAGCAUAUGGAAGAGCUGGCUCAGGGGUACCGGAAUUUUGAAGAUUUCUUACAUGAGAGUCUGGUUGAAUACUUAGAUGUGAAUGAAGAAAAUGACUGUAACAUCGCACUCUAUGAACAUACAAUUAAUAAAGAUACCACCCACUUGGAGAUUGAACCUUUUACUCUCCUCGGAGUCUGUGCUGGCCUGAUCCCGUACCCUCAUCACAACCAGUCCCCAAGAAACACAUAUCAGUGCGCCAUGGGGAAACAAGCCAUGGGUACCAUUGGAUACAACCAGAGGAAUAGAAUUGAUACUCUCAUGUAUCUCCUAGCAUAUCCACAAAAACCCAUGGUUAAAACAAAGACUAUUGAGUUGAUAGAAUUUGAGAAACUGCCAGCUGGACAGAAUGCGACAGUUGCCGUGAUGAGUUAUAGUGGCUAUGAUAUCGAAGAUGCUCUUGUUUUAAACAAGGCUUCCUUGGACAGAGGUUUUGGGCGUUGCCUUGUAUAUAAAAAUGCUAAAUGCACCUUGAAACGAUAUACCAAUCAGACUUUUGAUAAAGUGAUGGGGCCCAUGUUGGAUGCUGCUACAAGGAAACCCAUCUGGCGACAUGAGAUUUUAGAUGCAGAUGGUAUUUGUUCUCCAGGUGAGAAAGUAGAAAACAAACAAGUGCUUGUAAACAAGUCCAUGCCCACAGUGACUCAGAUUCCCCUGGAAGGAAGUAACGUGCCCCAGCAGCCGCAGUACAAAGACGUGCCCAUCACCUACAAAGGGGCAACAGACUCGUAUAUUGAAAAAGUGAUGAUAUCUUCAAAUGCCGAAGAUGCUUUUCUGAUCAAAAUGCUGCUGAGACAGACAAGGCGUCCAGAGAUUGGAGACAAAUUCAGCAGUCGUCAUGGGCAAAAAGGUGUCUGCGGCUUGAUCGUCCCUCAGGAAGACAUGCCCUUCUGUGACUCUGGCAUCUGUCCGGACAUCAUCAUGAACCCCCAUGGCUUCCCAUCUCGAAUGACGGUGGGAAAGCUAAUCGAGCUGUUGGCAGGCAAGGCCGGUGUGUUAGAUGGCAGAUUCCACUACGGCACCGCAUUUGGAGGCAGUAAAGUGAAGGAUGUGUGUGAGGACCUCGUCCGCCACGGUUAUAACUACUUAGGGAAAGACUACGUUACAUCUGGCAUCACAGGUGAGCCCUUGGAAGCAUACAUCUAUUUUGGCCCUGUGUACUAUCAGAAACUGAAACACAUGGUGCUUGAUAAGAUGCAUGCCCGGGCCCGGGGACCAAGAGCUGUCCUUACCAGGCAGCCCACUGAAGGUCGGUCUCGCGAUGGUGGUUUGCGUCUUGGAGAAAUGGAACGUGACUGUUUAAUCGGUUAUGGAGCCAGUAUGCUUUUACUAGAGAGACUAAUGAUUUCAAGUGACGCCUUUGAGGUUGAUGUCUGUGGGCAGUGCGGACUUCUGGGGUACUCCGGCUGGUGCCACUUCUGCAAGUCGUCCUGCCACGUGUCCUCACUGCGCAUCCCGUACGCCUGCAAGCUGCUCUUCCAGGAGCUGCAGUCCAUGAACAUCAUCCCCAGGCUGAAACUGUCCAAAUACAACGAGUAA